AUUUAAACAUAUUGAGUAAGUUAAAGUAUAGCUUCAACUUUAAACAUUUAGAUAAAAAAUUGAGUGGAAAGUAACUAUAACUUUAAUAUUUUGAUUCAAAAAUAUUCAUCCCCAUUAAAAGUUCACAUGGCAAAAUGAUACGGUUAUUUGGAUAAUAUGUACCCUCCAAUUGUUCAACGGCGCCUAAAGUUAUUCCUAGGUUUGAAUAGUUUCUCCGUCGGCAGUGUUGCUUGUCUGGCUAAUUUUCCAAUUGGCGGUCGUCCCUCUAGUUAGGGUUUCAAGUUUCUCCGCAGAUCUCCAUUUUGGGGACCGUGCGACUUCGUUUCAGCAUCAUCGAGCAAAUCACUUUGUGUAUUAGCGAGAAAAUAAUCGGCUGAUAGGGAUGAAGAUUCUCACAACGUAUAGCAGAGACAAAGAGGUACUCUAACGAACAUGGUUGGAAACGCAGGACAAAUGGAAAAGUUGAUCGGGCAGUGCGACGUUUUGGAGAUCGAGACUGAGGGUGAUGAACUGGUGCUCGAUGAGGAGGACGCUUUGGACCGCAUGAAGCAGACAUUUCCAAGGGCUCGUCCCCCUCCUGAGCCGCCGCCUUGGAGUGUACGAGAGUCUAUGAUUUGGAAGAUGAAUGAACUCAGUUUUAAUUCGUUUUAUUUCAUUUGUGUUUUUCUUUCAAACCGCAUAUUGUUUUGGAUGAGUUCUUAGUUCAUAGCAGAAAGUUUCAAGAAUUUAAGUCAGGUGGUGAUGAGAAGUCUUAUUUGUUUGUCAUUUGUUCAGUGAAGCCCAGUACAUAUAACAUGAUCAACGAAUCUUAUUACUUCUAGAGAGAUAUAGUUUCUAAAUCUGGUUCAAGGGCAUGUCAAACAAAAAACUUUUUAUCGUUUUGUUUCCUGUUUUAUCUCUAAUUGUAUUGUCAGCCAAGUGAUGAACGAUUUGUUGAUUUAAUAUAAUUGUUUGGUUUUACUAUUAAAAAAACAUUUUUAAUCAUAUUUUAGAAUUUUCCUAUUCGGAUAAUCCUAUCCUCCGUGCCAUGCUUAGAAGAUGCCAGGUAGGACUGAAGAUAGCAAAUCCUUUGGGAUCUAUGCAUUUUCCACCACUCAUUUAAUUUCCCACUCAACCCCCCUCUCUCUCCUAUCAAAAUCAUAUCGCUCGCUCCUCUAAGCGUUCACCAAAUAACCGAAAGAGAGCAGAGAAAGCAAGCUAUCGAACCGCAAAUAAAUGGCCUCUACUUGUGCAGUUUCCAUGGUGAUGCCCCCACUGACAGUUGCGGCCCCCAAGAGGCAGCCAACAGGAGUCGCCGUUGCUUCCUUCUUGAAGCCGAUGCUACCGGCGAUGCAAUCUAAGCCGAUCGUGGCGUCGAAACCAACCGGGAAAUUUGAAGUGAGGGCGUCGCUCAAAGACAAGGCUGUUACCGGACUGACGGCAGCCGCACUGACGGCAUCCUUGGUGACUCCGGAGGUGGCUGAAGCUGCUGACAGUAUCUCGCCGUCUCUGAAGAACUUCUUGCUAAGCAUUGUUGCCGGUGGGCUCGUGGUCGCCGUCAUUGCUGGCGUCGUCAUCGGUGUCUCCAACUUCGAUCCUGUUAAGAGGGGCUAAAGAAAGACUCCUUUCAUGUAAUAAUAAUAAUAGUACUUAAUAUUAUUAUUCCCCCUUUUGUCUGGUGUCUGUAUUUUCGGAUGAUAUGGUCAAUUUAAUUUCCGAGAAACAACCGAAUCAUAUUCAAGAUUUCAUUUUCCAUAAACUGCAUUUAUACACUG